UGUUAGGAUUAGGAUUAGGGUAAUUAAGCGUCCGGUUACCACUCAUGGAUCAAUAAUUCAUCCUCAUCGUCGUCGUCUUCUCACUCUCUCUCCCUAGCCUGCCGUCGCUUCCAGACUCCAUAUAUAUCGGCGGCUCUGCUCUCCAGCCUACACAGCUCGCCCACCCAGCUCCUCUCACCGCGCAGCAUUCCCAGGCAGGCAGGCAGGCAGGAUGUCCGGCAUGGAGGCUGGGCUGGUCCGCAAGUACCCGUCGGACGCCGGCGGCCUCCGCGCGGCGCGGCACGGGGCGCACGGGCACUCGGCCAGCGCCCGCACCGCGCACAGCAUGUCCGCGUCGGCGCUGCGCAAGAAGUCGGACGCGUCGCUGGUGCGCAAGGUGCCCUUCGCGCCGCUCCGCCCCGUCCUCGCCAACCUCCAGGAGGUCUUCCUCGGCACCAAGCUCGCCGUGCUCUUCCCCGCCGUGCCGCUCGCCAUCGCCGCGCAGUGCGCCAACUUCGGACAGGUUUGGGUGUUUGCGCUCAGCUUACUCGGUCUCAUCCCUCUCGCCGAGCGUGUCAGCUUCCUCACCGAGCAGAUCGCAAUAUACACUGGCCCCACCGUGGGCGGCCUCCUGAACGCGACGUGCGGCAACGCCACGGAGCUCAUCAUCGCGCUGUUCGCGCUGAUGCAGGGCAAGAUCGAGGUCGUCAAGUGCUCCCUCCUCGGCUCCGUCCUCUCCAACCUGCUGCUCGUGCUCGGCACCUCCCUCUUCUGCGGCGGCAUCGUCAACCUCGGCGCCGACCAGCCGUACGACAGGAGCCAAGCGGACGUCAGCACGGGCCUCCUCAUCCUCGGCGUGCUGUGCCAGUCCCUGCCGCUCAUGCUGCGCUACGCGGUGGGCGCCGGCGAGCACUCGGUCGCCGCGGCGACCACGGGGCUCGAGCUCUCGCGCGCCUGCAGCAUCGUCAUGCUGCUCGCCUACGUCGCCUACCUCUUCUUCCAGCUCAAGACGCACGCCCAGCUCUUCGAGCCGCAGGAGGUCGACGAGGACGGCGAGGAUCGGGAAGAGGCUGUCAUCGGGUUCGCCAGCGGCCUCUUCUGGCUCGCAUUCAAGACUGUUCUCAUCGCCAUUCUGUCCGAGUACGUCGUUGGCACGAUUGAGCCAACCUCAAAAUCCUGGGGCUUAUCAGUGAGCUUCAUCAGCAUCAUCCUGCUCCCAAUCGUCGGGAACGCGGCAGAGCAUGCUGGUGCCAUCCUUUUUGCUCUCAAGAACAAGCUGGACAUCACCCUCGGAGUCGCUUUGGGGUCGGCAACCCAGAUCUCCAUGUUCGUGGUGCCGCUGAGUGUCAUUGUAGCUUGGAUCGCGGGUAUUCAAAUGGACCUCGACUUCAAGCUGCUAGAGACUGGCUCUCUAUUUGUCUCAGUAAUAGUAACAGCCUUCACCCUCCAGGAUGGACAAUCGCACUAUUUGAAGGGGAUCCUUCUCCUCCUGUGUUACAUUGUCAUCGGCGCAUGCUUUUUCGUCACGAGGCAACCUUCAGGUGGUUCUGAUUUUUCCUAUGUCCACCUUUUUAUGGAAGGUCAUGGAAACGGCAACGGUGUUGGGCUGGCUGUACCAACCGGUACAUGGAACGCACAGGUGGCAUAACAGGUUAGGAGUCCUGCCAGGACAAGCCAGCAUGCAAGACAGCAGAGCAAUGAUCUAAAUCAGAGACUGAAACUGCAAGAAUCCUGUCGGGCCUAGGUUGCGCAAUGAGUGAUGAUCCUAAUUUCCAGAGAAAUGUGGAAGCCGGCCGGUCCGAGUGCUACCGAGAGCAAAUGUAUUCAUCGUGUGAGAAGCCAUAAUGGGAAGGGUUUGUGCUUGUAUUACUAUUGGUUUAGUUAGUAGGCUGCGGCUGCUGCAAUAAGAGUAGCAAAUAUCUAUGCAUCCAAUCCUGUGUAUAUGAUCCAUCGUGCGCUUCUUCGUAUAUGAAGCUUAAUAAGAUAAAUAUGCUGAGGUGUAUUGUAGUUUUAUAGCACAUACUAGCGUGGAA